UUCUCUACCAUCUACAAUUUGGACUCUCUGUGUGUGAGCUCCGAGGAUUAAGCUAUGGCAGUAGGAUUAGCCAUGCAAAGAGAAGGUGGGCCUUAUAAUGGCAGGAUCACCUCGUUUGUUGUCCUAUCCUGUAUGGUAGCUGCUAUGGGGGGACUUAUUUUUGGCUAUGAUAUUGGAAUUUCAGGUGGAGUGACCUCUAUGGAGCCAUUUCUCAGAAAGUUUUUCCCAGAAGUCUACACUAAAAUGAAGGAAGAUACUGAGAUUAGCAACUAUUGCAAAUUUGAUAGCCAACUUCUGACCUCCUUCACAUCAUCACUUUAUGUGGCUGGUCUCGUGGCUUCUUUCUUUGCCUCAUCAGUCACUAGAUACUUUGGGCGCAAGCCGUCAAUCCUUGCAGGAGGUGCUGCAUUCCUUUCUGGUUCAGCCCUCAAUGGGGCAGCAUCAAACCUGUUCAUGCUCAUAUUCGGUCGUGUCCUGCUUGGAGUUGGGGUUGGGUUUGCAAACCAGUCAGUUCCCUUGUACCUCUCUGAAAUGGCACCACCACAAUACAGAGGAGCAAUCAGCAAUGGCUUCCAACUCUGUGUUGGAAUUGGGGUACUUUCAGCUAACUCUAUAAACUUCGGUACUGAAAAGAUUGAAGGUGGUUGGGGUUGGCGAAUCUCCCUAGCAAUGGCAGCAGUUCCAGCUGCGAUCCUAACUGUAGGAGCAUUUUUCCUUCCGGAAACACCCAACAGCUUAAUUCAGCGUCACAACGACCACCAAAAGGCUAAAGCUAUGCUACAACGCAUACGAGGCACAACUGAUGUCCAAGCAGAACUUGAAGAUCUCACUAAAGCAAGUUCAGUUUCAAUUAAACACCCAUUCAAGAACAUCCUCCAAAGAAAAUAUAGGCCACAACUAGUAAUGGCAAUAGCAAUACCAUUUUUUCAACAGGUUACAGGCAUCAAUGUCAUUUCUUUUUACGCUCCCAUACUAUUCAGGACUAUUGGCCUAAGCGAAAGUGUUUCCCUGAUCAUGUCCGCGCUGAUAGCUGGGGUUGUAGGUACAGCUGCAACAUUUAUAUCGAUGCUCAUAGUAGACAAACUCGGUCGAAGGGUAAUGCUCAUAUUUGGGGGUGUACAAAUGUUGCUGUCGCAAACUGUGAUUGGAUGCGUUAUGGCAUCUGAACUAGGUGAUCAUGGCAGCAUAGGCAAAGGGUAUGCUUAUUUGGUUUUGACUAUGAUAUGCAUAUAUGUGGCUGGUUUUGCAUGGUCAUGGGGUCCAUUGGGAUGGUUAGUUCCUAGCGAGAUUUUCCCCUUGGAGAUUCGAUCCGCAGGGCAAAGUAUAGUGGUGGCAGUGAACUUCCUUUUCACUUUCAUUAUUGCUCAGACCUUUCUGGCUAUGCUCUGCCACUUCAAGUCUGGUAUUUUCUUCUUUUUUGGUGGAUGGGUUGCAGUGAUGACUGCAUUUGUGUAUUUCCUGUUGCCUGAGACUAAAAACAAGCCCAUUGAACUCAUGGAUAGAGUGUGGAAAGAUCAUUGGUUUUGGAAGAGAAUCACAGGGGAAUUGGAUGAGAAUUGCGAGCCCCAAUUUGCCUGAUGGCAGACUGUAUUUCGUAUUCCAAAAUGUCGUCUUGGUAAAGCUUGCACAGGAAGAGCAAACUAUUACGGUAAAUAAACCAGAAGGAAUUGCAUGA